AUGGCGAGUCUCGAGACAAAAGUGCGAAUGACGACGGUGCCUGCCCGCUGCAAUGAUGAUGUCCGAUCGACGGAGAGGCUGAAAGAAGCCGUGCUUUGGUGCGAACGAAACAGCAUCAUGGCAUCUGCAUCUGUCUACUACAAGUUCAAAUCCCAAAAGGAACCUUCGCGCAUCACCUUUGACGGCACCGGCAUCUCAGUAUGGGACCUCAAGCGCGAGAUCAUACUCCAAAACAAGAUGGGCAGAGGCACCGACUUUGACCUUGGCGUCUACAAUGCGGACACCAACGACGAAUACAAGGACGACAACUUUCUGGUCCCACGCUCCACCCAAGUCAUCGUGCGCCGCCUGCCACCAUCCAAACCCGGUCGCGGAACCGCGCAGAACUAUGUAGCCGAUGUCAACGGAGCCGCCGACACCACCGGCGCAAGUCGUUUCUCGGGCACCGCCAAUGCUUCCGGUGCCAAGCCGACCGAUUCGCGUACACAAGCCUACCGUGGCCCUAUGACGAUGAGAUUCGACGGCGGGAAGGAUCCUAGCUCAUCCUCGGCGCAACCGUUUCCGGGCGCUGGCCCUUCAGCUGGCGCAGGCGGCGGCGGUCCUGCAGCUGCUGCUACCGGAGACGAAGCCGAUCGCAUCGCCGCCAUGUUCCAAGCAACCACGGAGCAGUGGGACGAGACGCAAGAACGAAUGUCCCACGCCACCUACCGUGACCGCUCCGGACAAGCACGUCGAGGCGGUCCUCCGCGUCCCAUGACGACGCAGCGCCCUCAUCAGCAGGUUCCUGAUCGUCCGCCGCCGGUCGGCUACGUCUGCUUCCGCUGUGGCAAGCCAGGUCAUUGGAUCCAAGAUUGUCCUACCAAUGACGACAAGGAUUUCGACAACCGACCUCGUUUCAAGCGCACCACAGGUAUUCCCAAGUCGAUGCUCAAGACGGUCGAGCAACCCACCGACGAAGACCAUCGCGCUGGUGUCAUGCUCACCGCCGACGGUACUUACGUCGUUGCCCGCGUGGAUCAAGAGUCGUGGCGAAAGAACCGCGUUCGCACAAAGCCGCUCACCCAAUCCGACGUGUACCAAUCACCACCUACCGACAACUCGCUGGCCUGCUCGCUGUGCUCCAAACUGCUCCGUGACGCUGUCGUGACGCCAUGUUGCAAGACCAAGUACUGCGAAGAGUGUAUCCAGACGCAUCUUUUGGAGCACGAGUUCAUGUGUGCCGAGUGCGACAGGCGUAUUGCGGAUUUGGAGCAGCUCCAACCAGAUCAAGAGACGCGCAAGAAAGUCAAGGAGUACAUCAAGGAGACGAUCGAGCAGAGCGAAAAGGAGAUUGCGGAGGAAGGCAGCAAACCUGACCAGACAAACGAUGCAGCCGACAGUAAGGCCGGCUCGCCAGCUCCGGGACGUCAACGCACGCUCAGCCCCGGUGCUUCGCACAACGAUCAGGACGAACAGGCACACAGAGCCAACGCUUCCGCCGACAACAACAGCCUUGCGUACGGCGAAGGAAAUGCUGCCGGCAACGCUCCCGGCAACGCAGGACAGCCAGCGAUGGCGUUCAACCCGCAAAUGGUGCAGCAGAUAAUGAUGAUGCUGCAAAAUCCGCAGCUUCCACCUCCCAUGCGCAUGCAGCUGCAGAUGCAACUGCAGAUGCAGCAGUUCGCCUUCAUGCAACAGAUGCAGCAACAGCAAGGCGGUAGUCAGAUGAACAUGGGAAUGAUGCAGGGCGCACCCAACAUGUCGUGGGGCCAGCAGCAGGCGGCGCAAUCCACCAACCCGUUCAGCCACCGUGCUCCGCCGACCAACGAGCACUCGGCGUACAUGCGCGUGCCCGUCAACCAGGCGAGGACCAACACCAAGGUGACGGGCAACAAACGCGAUCGCCCUACGGAUUUCCUAGAGGUUGGCGGGAAGGACGGGGCUCCGGCGGGGGAUGCGAGCAAAGCCGCUCGGACUGGAUGA